AUGUCACGUGGAGAGGCGCUGCAGGAUGGCGAUAGAUGGGGCUGGCUGCAAAGCGUCAGAGAGGAGGGUGUGCGCGUAGCGAGGGGCUUGCAGGGUGCGCAUGCUCCUCAGAAAAGCGUGGCAGAGGCAGAGGGAGUGAAGAGGGAGAUAAUGGAAAUGGAGGUGAUGAAAAGGAGGGAAUUGGCGGAAGUUAGAGAGACGGCGGGGUUGAGGCAAGAGCAACAUCCUCAUCCUCAUCCUCAUCCUCAUCCGCAAGCCGAACACCACGACGCUCCACCUUCAUCUUCACCGCACCAUGCGCUCCAUACUCCCGCAGCAAGCAAAACCUCGGCACACGGCAGUCUCACACCUCGCACGUCGUCCAACGAACGGCGGGCAAAUUGCGCAGUGAUAGCCUGUUCAGCGCUCAAGCGCAUCUACAGGGACAUUCUGCGCGGCGCAUCCAACAAAAGCGCAAACGUUCGAACCUAUCACCUCUACCUUCGCGUCUCCCCCUCGGAGCUUCACAGACGCCUCACUCAUCGCAGCGGACAUUUCAUGAAGGAUGUUUUGCUGGAUAGUCAGCUCGAUACGCUUCAAGAACCAACGCGUCAGGAUGAAGAGGAUUGUUUCGUGUUGGAUGCAGAUGAGCCCACGACGAUUGAGGCUUCGCAGUUGCUGCACAAAGUGCACCGCGGUUUGAGCGCAAACGUGGAGCUGAUGCUGGAUCAAGAGAUCCUUGCGCAGCUUGGACGCGCAUCAAGUACCUCUCCUCCCACCCCCACCGCCACCGCCACCGCUUCGGGCACAAUCAGCACCAACAGCAACCACUGCAAAUCCAGCACAACUCAGCCCAAAGCUCAAGGCAAAAUUUUACACGCUCAAAAUCUCUUUCUUCCCCUCUCCAUCUCUUCUUGCCCCACAAACAGCACAUCGACGAACAGAUUGACAGAUACGUCAGCUCUAGAAAGUCUUUCUCGUGCGCUCGAAGAGCUUCAGACUGACCUGAAUGCCCGCUUGACGGAGGUGAAAGAGAUGCUUGAAGGGGCAGGUGGAGAAAAGUCAACCCAUUUGGCUUUGUCUGGAAAAGAAGCAGAAGAAGAAGAGGAGGAGGAGGAGGAUGAAGAAGGGGACAUGAAAGAGUAA